UCCAAAGUGUGUCCCUCCCAGCUGGACCAGUUCCUCAUCUGACCCCUGGUGUUGUAAGCACCCCAGCCUCUGCUCUCACCUACAGAGAGAUUCAGACUGAUGUUCCCCAGGAAAGAGCUGAGGAUCAGGGUGAUGUCCAGACUCUACCGUGUGGUGAUGGCUCUCUUGCUGCUUGCAGAGGUCUCCAGCUUUGGAGAAGAAACUUCUAAUCCUGGGAUUGUGGCCAGGAUCACCAGAGAAGGCCUAGAAUAUGCCCACCGUCAUGGAGUUGCCACCCUGAAGAAUGAGCGUUCCAACAUCAAGUUGCCUGAUUUUUCAGGACUAUUCUCUUUCAGUUGGCUUGGAGAAGUGAGCUAUGACUUCCACAGCCUGAAGAUCCAUCACUUUGUGGUCCAGCACUCAGAAUUGGAACUACUCCCGCAGCGGGGUGUGGGAGCUUUUCUGUUCAAUGACUACGUGUCUCUCAGUGGGAUGUGGAAGGUGAAAAAGGCUUUCAUGUCUCUGGCGGGCUCCUUUGAUUUGAGUGUCGAUGGCAUUAUCAUGUCGGUUUCUUUGAACUUGGGCAAGGACCACUUUGGACGACCCACUGCCUCUGUGGGCCACUGCAGCAGCUCCAUUGGCCGGGUCAGCAUUGAUAUUUCUGGAAACCUAAGCUGGAUGCUGAACCUCUUCCAAGAAAGAAUUGAAAAGAACUUGAAAAAUAUGUUGGAACAAAAGAUCUGCAACGUGGUCAGGAAGGCAGUAACCUCACGCCUGCAGCCCUAUCUUCAGACUCUGCCAGUCACCUGGAUGAUUGAUGAGGUUGCUGGCAUUGACUACAGGCUGGUAGGAGCCCCCUUAGUAUCCUCCCAAAGCCUGGACAUGCUCUUUAAGGGUGAAUUCUUUAACCGAAGACAGCGCUCCCCCAUCCCCUUUGAGGCCCCAGCCAUCAUGCUCCCCCAGAAACAUGACCGCAUGAUCUACUUUGCGGUCUCUGAGUAUGUCUUCAACACAGCCAGCUGGGUUUACUGCCAGAAUAAGCGCAUGAACUUCAUCAUCCGAAAUGAGCAUUUAAUGAACCUAACAAAGCUGUCCAACCAUCAGUCGGCUAAAAAAUGGCGGAAGCAGCACUCGAACCCAAGCUGUCUGUCUCAGGCAAACGCACCUCUAACUACUACCCUGUCCUGCUUCUCAAACAGCUUCCUGCUUCUGUUGCUGCAGUUUCCCCUGAACUCUCCAAUGAGCCUGCACACCAGCUCAUUCCGGGUCCUGAUUCCUAAGCUGGCCAGGUUGUACCCCAAUAUGGAAAUGGAGCUUGAGGUAUCACCCGAAUCUGCGCCCUUCUUGAUACUCACCCCUGGAAAUGUGACCAUAAUGGCAGUAGUGGAUAUACAGGCUUUCGCUCUCCUGCCAAAAUCCUCUGACCGCAUGCCACUCUUCCAACUCAGGGGGAGAACCAACAUCUCCAUCACCAUUGAUGUGAGCUCCAGCAGAAUCUUUGGUUCUAUGACCACAGGAAGUACGCUGAAACUGGAACUGAAACAAUCCAAUGUCGGUGUCUUCAAUGUGCAGUUGAUGGAAACCAUCUUCAAUUACUAUGCACAGCACACCAUAUACCCCUCUCUCAAUGCAAAGCUUGAGGAGGGUUUCCCACUCCCUCUGCCAAGGGACAUCUACCUCAACAGUUUGGUGCUCCAAAUUCACAAGAACUUCUUGCUCUUUGGGGCCAACAUUGAUUAGGCGGAAGAUGGAAGAGGAGCAACUGUGGCUGGAGGAGUGAACGACCCCACAGCUGGACCUGCCCUGCCCUUGUGGAGGCACCGAGGCCGCAGCCAUAUUGCCUCCUUCCCCCGAGCUCCCUUUGUCCCCAUGUAAACUGGUCACCAGAGAUCCUACGGUACCUGAAGACACACCUGACGACGGCCCACCUCCCCACCCUUCCUCCUCUCCCUCCUUGUCCUGCCCAUGUCCUUACAUGUUCUCUUUGCAGCUGUCCUCAGUGUCACUUUGGGGAACUCAACCCCAACUCCUUACCAGGCGGCCACUAGAACAAACCUUGGUAAAGGAAAAAGCAUGAACAGUGGUCAAUCCCUACACCGCCCAAAGCUU